AUGCCACCACCAUAUAAGGCAAAACCGGCGGUAAAGGGUUCAUCAUCAGCAACCAUACAGAAAGUCUCGAUUCCUGAGCAAUUCAAGACACUGCGUCCGAGUCGGCCAGCUAACGAAACGCCUACGUUACGAAGAUCGGGAAGCUCUGAUGAUGUGAGAAAUACUACUGCACUGUCUUCCGACAAACAGAUGACGCCUCCACCGCUGCCGCUGAAUCCGCCAAGUUCGUCAAGAAUUGCGAAACCGGCAUGUCCACCGCCACCUCCGCCGAAUCAGCCUUCUCGAAUCGGACGCCCGGUUGUUCCCACCACAGCACCACACAUGCCGACCUCAACCAGCACCACAUCGUUGCCUCCCGUUGCUCAGCGACUAGACGAAGAUUCGCCACCGCCUCCCCCUCCUCCACGGAUAGCUUCCUGUGCUGACCAGAUGGAUCGCUUCACAUUCAUCCCGCUCAACGAGCUACCACCACCAGGAAUCUUUUCGGGUAGCAAGAAAAUCUACGAAUUCCAUUCACCACGUCGAGGCGCAUCACAGUCCACUGCUCCCGCUUCCGGUCACUUAUUCACACAGUCUUAA